AAAGAUUUCAAAACGUUGCCGUAAAAUCGCAUGGGAAAUUGAAUAAUCCUUUUGUUAUUCGAAAUGGCUGCAGUAAAGACUACAGAGGAAAUAAAUAAGGAAGACGUUGUAGAAAAUGGCGAGGAAGAAGAGCUGGAUACUGUAGAAGACGGCGAGAACAAAGAUCCCGCCAAGAAGAAGAAAAAGAAAAAAAAGAAGAAGAAGACAGCUGAAAAUGACAAUGCAGGUGAAGGUGAAGAUGAGACAGAGUCAUCAAAAUUACCAGAACAAGCUAAUGCUUUGUCUUUGGGAGAUGCCGAAGCUGAUGACAAGAAAAAGAAGAAGAAAAAAAACAGAAGCAAAGGUGGCAAGGGCUCCGGCAAAGAGCAGACUAACCCCCCAACUAUACCCAUUGCGGAGUUAUAUCCAGACAGUAACUUCCCUGAGGGUCAAAUUAUGGAGCAUGGUCCUGCUGAAGGUAUUGAUGAGAGGACUGCCAAGGACAGAUUUUCUAGUGAAGAAAAGAGAGCCUUGGAUAGGAUGCAACAAGACAUCUACCAAGAAAUCAGGCAUGCAGCUGAAGCUCACAGACAAACACGCAAGCAUAUUCGUGAAUGGAUCAAGCCUGGCAUGACAAUGAUUGAAAUUUGCGAAGAGCUUGAAUCAACUGCAAGACGUCUAAUCGGUGAAGAUGGAUUGAAGGCAGGGCUGGCCUUUCCUACUGGCUGUAGCCGCAAUCACUGUGCUGCCCACUACACUCCGAAUACAGGUGACACAACCGUCUUGGAGUACGACGACGUGGUGAAGAUAGACUUCGGGACCCACAUCAACGGCCGCAUCAUUGACUGUGCGUUCACUCUGCACUUCAACCCGCGAUACGACCCGCUGGUCAAAGGCGUGCAGGAGGCCACAGAAGCCGGCAUCAAGGCCUCCGGUGUCGAUGUCAGGCUGUGUGACGUGGGCGCUGCGGUUCAAGAAGUAAUGGAGUCCCAUGAAGUGGAACUGGAUGGCCAAGUAUAUCAAGUGAAACCUAUUCGGAAUCUGAAUGGCCACUCUAUCGGACCAUACAGGAUUCACGCCGGCAAGACGGUGCCGAUCGUGAAAGGCGGCGAGACCACGCGCAUGGAGGAGAACGAGUUCUACGCCAUCGAGACCUUCGGCUCCACCGGCCGCGGGCAGGUGCACGAUGACAUGGACUGUUCCCACUACAUGAAGAACUUCGACCAGCAGUUUGUGCCUCUAAGAUUGCAGUCCUCGAAGCAGCUUCUCAACUUGAUCAACAAGAACUUCGGCACGCUCGCGUUCUGCAAGCGCUGGCUGGAGCGCGCCGGGGCGUCCCGGUACGCCAUGGCGCUCAAGGACCUGUGCGACAAGGGCGUGGUGGACCCCUACCCGCCGCUGUGCGACGUCAAGGGCUGCUACACGGCGCAGUUCGAGCACACCAUCCUCCUCCGGCCCACCUGCAAGGAGGUCAUCUCCCGCGGCGACGACUACUAGCCCGCGCCACGAGCCCGUGCAUGUCGUGAGUCAUGACAGAGCUUA